CAAUUCUCUUUUUCCAUAAAUACAUCCUGCCGCAAGCCGACCGUUACUGACGCCGGAGCCAGUACAGGAGGCGUGCUAGCUGCUGCGCUGCGGGGCCGUUUACCUGGUGAAGAACCGAACCACGCAACACGAACCCGACCGGAGAAGAUGGCCGAAGGCGACAACAAAAGCGCGAACAUGCUCGCUCAGGAAACGGCCCAGCUGGAGGAGCAGCUGCAGGGCUGGGGCGAGGUCAUCCUGGCCGGGGAUCGCGUCCUACGCUGGGAGAAGCCCUGGUUCCCUGGAGCCCUGAUCGGAGCCACCACCGUGCUCUUCAUGCUGAUUUACUACCUGGACCCGUCGGUGCUGACCGGGCUCUCCUGCGCCGUCAUGCUGCUCUGCCUCGCGGACUACCUGGUGCCCACCCUCGCACCCCGAGUCUUCGGCGCCAAUAAGUGGACCAGCGAGCAGCAGCAGCGAUUCCACGAGAUCUGCGGGAACCUGGUGAAGACGCAGCGCCGCAUGGUGGGCUGGUGGAUGCGUCUCUGCGCCCUGAAGCAGGACAAGCCCAAGAUGUACUUUGCCUCCGUGAUCAGCAGCUUGCUGGCGGUGGCCUGGAUCGGACAGCAGGUGCACAACCUGUUCCUCACCUACCUGAUCGUGAGCUUCCUGCUGCUGCUGCCCGGCCUCAACCAGCACGGCCUCAUCACAAAGUACGCGUCCAUGGCCAAGAGGGAGAUCAACAAGCUGCUCAAACAGAAGGAGAAGAAGAACGAGUAGACGGAGGUGUGGAGAGGCGUCUCUGACCAGAUGAACCGCGACAGGAAGUGGAAGGAAGUUGUUUGUAAAAAAAAUAAUAAAAAAAAAAGGGGGAGAGGAGAGCUAGAAAAAGAAAAGAGCCUCCUGCUUCUUUGGUCUCCGCCGCAGAGCAAGACACCACUUUUUUUUUUUUUGUAUCACAUUAAAUAAGUUUCAUUUCUCUCGCCACCAUUUGACAUUUGAAACGGCAUCGCCCACGUUUUUUCUUUAGAGUUUCGCUGCCAUGCAUGACGGUUCUCUUAAAAUGGUCACAGCACUGAACCUCACACACACACACACACACACACACACACACAGCCUCCCUCCCUUCCGUUUCUUAGUUCGAGUGCUUCAUUUUAAGAUGUCAGUAAUGCUUUUAAGCCAUUCCCUCUACUUAGACGACGCGACUACUGAGCAGUUCUUGUAGCAUUACUGCAUCGUUUUAACCCUGAUGGAUUCCUCUCGGUAUUUCUUUUUAAUUUUCUUUUGGUCACUUUAGGACAGGUCAUGUAAAUGUUCCAGUUUUUGCUUCUUCUGCUUUGGUUGUAUUUAAAAUGAUAACGCUGAAACCAAACUGGAUUACGGUGAGCUCUCGAUGUAAGCCUGCUGCUAGCUGGACUCUGGUCUCUUAGGCCCCCCUAGACCCCCCUGACUGGUGUGGGGUGUCUCUGUAAAUAGACCCACAUGUAUUUCCUUCACGCGGUCCGUCGGCCCUCUUCUCUUAUUUAUGUGUUCUUUCCUCCAUCUCAUCCUUUCUGGUUUAAUUACCGUCUGUCAACUCAUUUCAUUUCUUUGUCGUUAUUGGAGUUCUGUACGAAGAUGAAUAAAGUUUGAUUUAAAUUAAGUUUCA